AUGUUACAACUGGGCUUGAAUCCUGGUUUGAUAUCAAAUGUUACUCGUGUGGCCAUACCAAAGCUUCCCAUUGUGGCAGUAGCGGCACUGCGAUCCAGUUCCCUUUACACCAAUAGAAAUGUCCCACAUUUACAAAACAGAUUGUAUUUGCAUCGUCGUUUUUAUUCUGAUGAAAAGUCAUUAGAUAAAAAGGAAUCUCAACAAGAUUCUGAUCAAAUCAAAAGGGAUUCUGAUUCUUCUCCUAUCUCUCAAAAAUCUCAGAAAAGAUCCGUUAAGGAGUUAGCUCAAGCUGCUGCUUCAGCUCUGGUCAACGCCUCUUCGAGAGUUAAAAAACAUGAUAAUGAACCGGUAUCUCACGCUAUAUUGGCUACAAAGGAACAAGAAGCUAAUAAAGAUAUCGCAAACCCUGAUGCUCAAGCUGAAUUUUACAAACUUCUAUUGCAAUCAAAUUAUCCACAGUACGUGGUUUCAAGAUUUGAGACCCCAGGUAUCGCAUCAAGUCCUGAAUGUAUGGAAUUAUACAUGGAGGCUUUACAACGAAUUGGUAGACAUGCUGAAGCAGAUGCUGUUAGAAAUAACCUUUUAACCGCAAGUUCAGCGGGUGCUGUUAACCCUUCAUUGGCCUCCUCCUCAACUAAUUCUACUGGUUAUCAUGGCACUUUCCCUGCAAUGUAUUCCCCUUCUUACGGUUCUAGCAAAGCUCCAAUUCAUGUCGUCGUUACUGAAUCAACUUUCACCAUCAUUUCAAGAUGGGUUAAAUGGAUAUUGAUCUUCUCUGUUUUAACUUAUGGUUUCACUGAAGGUUUUAGAUACAUUUCAGAAAACACCUCUUUGCUAAAAUCAUCCGAUAUUGCCGACAAGUCAAUCGAUGUCGCCAAGACUAAUGUUAAAUUUGAUGACGUUCGCGGUUGUGAUGAAGCCCGUGCUGAAUUGGAAGAAAUAGUGGACUUCUUGAAAGAUCCUGCCAAAUAUGAAUCCUUGGGAGGUAAAUUGCCAAAAGGUGUACUAUUAACUGGUCCACCAGGUACUGGUAAGACAUUGUUGGCAAGAGCAACUGCAGGUGAAGCAGGUGUUGAUUUCUUCUUCAUGUCCGGUUCAGAAUUCGAUGAAGUUUACGUUGGUGUUGGUGCAAAGCGUAUUCGUGACCUGUUUGCUCAAGCUCGUGCUCGUGCCCCAGCUAUUAUCUUC